CCAAAGCUGCCUGGGUAAGGGCCAAGAUGGCCGCCUCCUGCUUGGUAUCUGUGUGAGGCCAGUGGAGACGGUGCCAUCUCUUUUGAGGUCACGUCUGGCCCUCAUACUGGGACUUUUUUGGUAUGCUGUUGAGAGACAGUCUAGAGUAAUGGCAGGGGUUCUCUCUUGGGCAGGUAGAAGCUUGUGGGGCUGGAUGCCCUACGCAUGCAGAAGCUUCUCUAUGGGUGUUCCGCGAUUGACCAUCCGUAUAAGGCUCACCCUCCCGCCUCCCAAAGUGGUUGAUCGGUGGAACGAGAAGAGGGCCUUGUUCGGAGUAUAUGACAACAUCGGGAUCCUGGGGAACUUUGAAAAGCACCCCAAACAACUAAUCAAGGGCCCCAUAUGGCUUCGAGGCUGGAAGGGGAACGAAUUGCAGCGUUGUAUCCGGAAGAAAAAAAUGGUUGGAAAUAGAAUGUUCUUUGAUGACUUGCACAACCUUAACAAACGUAUCAGCUAUCUCUAUAAGCACUUUAACCGACAUGGGAAGUAUCGGUAGAUCGGAAAGCUGGGAACUCUGGAAGAGGCACAUCCAUCUCUAGCACUCUGAAGAAGGGGAACAGAACUUUUCCUUAUGAGGAAAGGAUUUUGUUUUCUCUCUGUAAUAAUAAAAUGUGGCUUCUUUGGAAUCUGA